AUGACGGGGAAAAGCCCUUAUGGAGCCUCUGCUGUCAAUGGAGCCGUUGGUGCAACGCUUGAGGGAUCCGAAGGAUCGAUGGGCGGUGGCAGCAGCAACGGCAAUAACGACGACAGCGCCAACAGCAACAUCAACAUCAACAGCUGCGAUAGAAACAGCAGCAACAGCAGCGAUAUCAACACCUGCAUCACUGAAACUUCACGCCAAAUGCCCGAUGCCUUUUCCUACAGCACAGCCUGCUUCAUCCGCGGAGAUGAAAAGUUAGGUGCUUCCUCGGCAGUAGAAACUGCUGCUGCCGCUUCUUCCUCUGCCUUAGGAAGUGAGGGAAGAAGGAAACGCAGUAUUCAGGCGGGAUGGGAGCCUCAGCUUUCCGUUGUAACGCCUGAAGCAUCAGCUGUGUUGGAGACGUGGCUUGAUGAACAUUCCGAAGCACACACAGAGAGAAAAAGGAACAAGGCAUCAAACCCCCUAGUACUCUCAGCUCUUAACAGCCAUACAGUGCAGCCUAGCCCAACGGAUAAGCCCGAAGCUACAGACAGAUCAAACACGUCAGAUCAGGAAGCCGGGGCGCCUCCUACUCCAGCGGAAUCUGACGAGACGGAGAAGCCGGAGGCAGCGCGGCGUCUCCGAUUUUUCGUUGGAGGUAUCGCUCAAGAGGUGGAGGAACACGAGCUGGAGGCGCUAUUUUCGAACUACGGCAAAGUUCACAGCGUGCAGCUCACCAAGGAUUACACAACCGGGCGGCGGCGGGGCUUCGGCUUCGUUACAAUGGGAGAGGCAACAGCUGAAAGCGCUAUCUUCAGCGCAGUGCAUUAUCUUCGAGGCAGAAGGCUGGAUGUGAGGAGAGAGAACGAGACAACUCCCAACGAGAUAAACAGAAAAGUUUUCGUUGGGGGCCUACCCCCAAAUCUUGGGACAGAUGAACUUGCCCUGGAACUUUCGCGUUUCGGAGAAGUUGAAGGCGUUCAAAUAGCAACAGACUGUAUGGGGCGAUCCCGCUGCUUUGGCUUUGUCACUUUCAAGAAGGAAAGAGUGGCAGAGUCUCUGAUCGGGCAGGGGUCAUGUCGCGUUGGGGCUGUCUAUGCAUACGGCGGCUCCACCAAUGAGUGGCCCAGCUGGCCGCCUCCCGCAGCGAACGCCUACGCCUUUUGCUCUGCAGAUGCAGCAGCAUACACCUACCACGAAGCCUUCACAACCGCCAGAUCCACUCAGCCGCACACCUGGAACGGAGCAACGCUGCAAGGUGAACCGACCCUGCAGCAGGACCCGAAGACAGAAAGCGCUCUUCAGCAGCAUACGAGUGAAGUGCCUGCAGAGGAAGAAACACCAACGGCUAAGGAGUUUACUGCGAUGCCCAAUAAUGACGCCUCUACAGCUACAGCUGAGAAGGUAGAAAACAGAUAUCGUGGUCUGCUGAGGCAAGGCGCAGAGAACAGCAGCGGCAGCUGUGACUACUCUGAACAGCCAGCCAAUAAUUUUCACAUCUCCGCGCAGUGCCAGGUGCACCAAGAAAACCAAACGGAACAUUUACCGCUUGUGAGUGGCGUUGACGCCGCUCACACAGCACCUGCCUAA